UACGCGCACACACACACACGCCGAGCCGCUGCUCGCACACUGUCCGGCCACUUGGAAAUUUCCCCUCUACGCGGAGGAUAUUUGUACAGCUGAGGAGCGGGACUGGUCGGCUAACGUGCAUCUUCUCGGGGGCUGACUCGCUUGAAAUGCCCCAGUAGAGGACCCGAAGCUGUGAAGAUCAGCGGAAGUUCAAGGCUGCGUUCCCCCUCAGCAAUAAGGUGUAGCUGCGGCCCCCCCGCCCACACUGCCUGCCAAGAUGGUGGUGUUGUCGCUGAAGAUCUGCGUCCGCCAGUGCAACGUCGUGAAGACGAUGCAGUUCGAGCCCUCCACAGCUAUCUACGACGCCUGCAGGAUAAUCAGAGAGAGGGUGCCCGAGGCUCAGACCGGACAGGCUUCAGAUUACGGUCUGUUCCUGUCUGAUGAAGACCCCCGGAAAGGCAUCUGGCUGGAGUCAGGAAGGACGUUGGACUACUACAUGCUCCGCAAUGGGGAUAUCCUUGAAUACAAGAAGAAGCAGAGGCCCCAGAAAAUCAAAAUGCUGGACGGGGCCGUUAAGACCAUCAUGGUGGACGACUCCAAAACAGUGGGAGAGCUGCUUGUGACUAUAUGCAGUAGAAUAGGCAUCACAAACUACGAGGAAUACUCUCUAAUCCAGGACACAGUGGAGGAGAAGAAGGAGGACGGGAUGGGUACGCUGAAAAAAGACAGGACGCUGCUGCGAGACGAGAGGAAAAUGGAGAAGCUGAAAGCCAAAUUGCACACAGACGACGACUUGAACUGGCUGGACCACAGCAGAACGUUCAGAGAGCAGGGCGUGGACGAGAACGAGACCCUCCUGCUCAGACGCAAGUUCUUCUACUCGGAUCAGAACGUGGACUCCCGAGACCCGGUCCAGCUCAAUCUGCUUUACGUGCAGGCUCGAGACGACAUCCUAAACGGUUCUCAUCCCGUGUCUUUUGACAAGGCCGGUGAGUUCGGAGGCAUCCAGGCCCAGAUCCAGUUCGGACCUCACGUAGAGCACAAACACAAACCUGGAUUCUUAGACCUGAAGGAGUUUCUACCCAAAGAAUACAUAAAACAAAGAGGAGCUGAGAAGAAAGUAUUCCAGGAGCACAAGAACUGUGGGGAAAUGACUGAGAUCGAAGCUAAAGUGAAAUACGUCAAGCUGGCUCGUUCUCUGCGGACAUACGGCGUCUCCUUCUUCCUGGUCAAGGAAAAGAUGAAGAGUAAGAACAAGCUGGUGCCGCGGCUCCUGGGCAUCACCAAAGAGUCCGUGAUGAGAGUGGACGAGAGGACCAAAGACGUGGUUCAGGAGUGGCCGCUCACCACGGUGAAGAGGUGGGCGGCGUCGCCCAAGAGCUUCACCCUGGACUUCGGGGAGUACCAGGAGAGCUACUACUCGGUGCAGACCACUGAAGGGGAACAGAUCUCUCAGCUCAUUGCUGGUUACAUCGACAUCAUCCUCAAAAAGAAGCAAAGCAAGGACCGCUUUGGAUUAGAAGGCGAUGAGGAGUCGACCAUGCUUGAGGAAUCCGUAUCCCCGAAAAAGUCGACCAUCCUCCAGCAGCAGUUUAAUCGUGUGGGCCGGGUGGAGCACGGCUCGGUGGCGCUGCCAGGGGUGAUCCGCUCGGGCUCCAUUGGCACCGAGUCGCUCAGCAUGGGCACCAUGCCAUCUGCUCAGCAGCAGAUCACAAUGGGUCAAAUGCACCGUGGACACAUGCCACCACUGAGUUCAGCACAGCAGGCUCUGAUGGGAACCAUCAACACCAGUAUGCAAGCUGUGCAGAAGGCCCAGAUUGACCUCGGGGAGGUCGACAACCUGCCACCACUGGGACAGGACAUGGCAUCCAAAGUGUGGAUCCAGAACAAGAUGGACGAGUCAAAGCACGAGAUCCACUCCCAGGUGGACGCCAUUACUGCAGGAACAGCCUCCGUUGUCAACCUCACAGCUGGUGAUCCGACCGACACAGACUACACCGCAGUGGGCUGUGCCAUCACCACCAUCUCCUCCAACCUGACGGAAAUGUCAAAGGGUGUGAAGCUGUUGGCGGCGCUGAUGGAGGACGAUGUUGGCGGCGGCAACGAUCUGAUGAGGGCUGCCAGGACGCUAGCAGGAGCCGUGUCUGACCUGCUGAAGGCUGUGGAGCCGGCUUCUGGAGAGCCCAGACAGACCGUAUUGACGGCAGCAGGCAGCAUCGGCCAAGCCAGCGGAGACCUCCUGCGCCAGAUUGGAGAGAGCGAGACCGACGAAAGGUUCCAGGACAUCCUGAUGAACCUGGCCAAGGCGGUGGCCAACGCCGCGGCCAUGUUGGUGCUGAAGGCCAAGAACGUGGCCCAGGUCGCAGAGGACACCGUGCUACAGAACCGGGUCAUCGCUGCCGCCACCCAGUGCGCCCUGUCCACCUCCCAGCUGGUGGCGUGUGCCAAGGUUGUGAGCCCCACCAUCAGUUCACCAGUUUGCCAGGAGCAGUUAAUAGAAGCUGGAAAGCUGGUGGAUCGCUCGGUGGAAAGCUGCGUCCAGGCCUGCCUUUCAGCCACGGAAGAUGGCGAGCUCCUAAAACAGGUGAGUGCAGCCGCCAGCGUGGUGGGUCAGGCACUGGGAGAUCUCCUGCAGCAUGUCCGUCAGUACACCUCAAGAGGAGAGCCUAUCGGGCGCUAUGACCAGGCCACAGACACCAUCAUGACGGUCACUGAGAGCAUCUUCAGCUCAAUGGGAGACGCAGGAGAGAUGGUCCGUCAGGCUCGGGUGUUGGCUCAGGCCACCUCAGACCUGGUGAAUGCCAUGAGGUCGGACGCAGAGGCCGAGGUGGACGUGGACAAUUCGAAGAAGUUGCUGGCGGCCGCUAAAUUACUGGCUGAUGCCACCGCUAGGAUGGUGGAGGCAGCAAAGGGUGCAGCAGCGUACCCAGAGAAUGAAGACCAGCAGCAAAGGCUGAGGGAGGCUGCGGAGGGGCUGCGCGUGGCCACCAACGCCGCCGCCCAGAACGCCAUCAAGAAGAAACUGAUUAACAGGCUGGAGAAUGCUGCCAAGCAGGCCGCGGCUGCAGCCACGCAGACCAUCGCUGCUGCUCAAAAUGCUGCCGCCUCCAACAAGAACACGGCUGCUCACCAGCAGCUGGUGCAGAGCUGUAAGGCAGUGGCAGACCACAUCCCACAACUUGUGCAGGGUGUGCGUGGCAGUCAGGCCAAACCAGAGGACCUCAGUGCACAACUGGCACUCAUUAUCGCCAGCCAGAACUUCCUACAGCCUGGUAGUAAGAUGGUGACCUCGGCCAAGUCAUCUGUUCCCACGGUGACGGAUCAGGCUGCAGCUAUGCAACUGGGUCAGUGUGCCAAGAACCUGGCUACCUGCCUGGCUGAGCUGAGGACAUCUGCGCAGAAGGCACAUGAAGCCUGCGGCCCCAUGGAGAUCGACUCGGCUCUCACUGCCAUCCAGACUCUGAGAAGUGAGCUGCAAGAUGCCAAGCUGGCUGCCGUUAACACCCAACUGAAGCCCCUACCGGGAGAAUCAUUGGAGAAGUGCGCGCAGGAUCUGGGCAGCACCUCUAAGUCAGUGGGAUCCUCGAUGGCUCAGCUGCUAACAUGUGCUGCACAAGGAAAUGAACACUACACAGGAAUAGCAGCCAGGGAGACGGCUCAGGCCCUGAAAACACUGGCUCAGGCGGCUCGCGGCGUCGCUGCCUCCACCACGGACCCCAAAGCUGCCGCUGCCAUGCUGGACUCAGCUCGUGACGUCAUGGAGGGCUCAGCGCUCCUCAUUCAUGAGGCCAAGCAAGCACUGAUCUCCCCUGGAGACACUGAGAGUCAGCAGAGGCUGGCGCAGGUGGCCAAGGCUGUGUCUCAUUCCCUCAACAACUGCGUCAACUGUCUGCCUGGCCAGAAGGAUGUGGACAUGGCUCUCAAGAGCAUUGGCGAGGCCAGCAAGAAGCUACUAAUUGAAACUAUCCCACCAGCCUCCAAGUCCUUCCAGGAGGCGCAGAGCGAGCUGAACCAAACAGCGGCAGACCUGAACCAGUCAGCUGGCGAGGUGGUCCAUGCCUCCAGAGGCUCCAGCAGCCAGCUGGCAGUGGCCUCAGGAAAGUUCAGCCAAGACUUUGAUGAGUUCCUGGAUGCUGGUAUAGAGAUGGCCGGCCACACUCAGAAAAAGGACGACCAGGUGCAGGUGAUCGGGAACCUGAAGAACAUCUCCAUGGCUUCUAGCAAGCUGCUGCUGGCAGCUAAGAGUCUGUCUGUAGAUCCUGCAGCUGCAAACGCCAAGAACCUGCUCGCUGCUGCUGCGAGAGCAGUGACUGACAGCAUUAACCAGCUGAUCACGCUGUGCACACAGCAGGCUCCUGGCCAGAAGGAGUGUGACAACGCCCUGAGAGAGCUGGAGGCCGUCAGAGGAAUGCUGGAUAAUCCCAACGAGCCGGUCAGUGACCUCUCCUACUUCGACUGCAUCGAGAGCGUAAUGGAGAACUCAAAGGUCCUGGGAGAGUCCAUGGCAGGUAUUUCUCAGAACUGCAAGACCGGAGAUGUGCCUGCUUUUGGAGAGUGCGUAGGAUCGGCCUCAAAAGCUCUGUGUGGCCUCACUGAAGCUGCAGGACAGGCCUCCUACCUGGUGGGAGUGUCUGAUCCCAACAGUCAAGCAGGCCACCAGGGGUUGGUGGAUCCCAUCCAGUUUGCCAAAGCCAACCAGGCCAUUCAGAUGGCGUGUCAGAAUCUUGUAGACCCAGACAGCAGUCCGUCUCAGGUGCUCUCUGCAGCCACCAUUGUUGCUAAGCACACCUCGGCCCUCUGCAAUGCCUGCCGUCUGGCUUCUUCCAAGACAACCAACCCAGUCGCCAAGAGGCACUUUGUCCAGUCUGCCAAGGAGGUGGCCAACAGCACCGCCAACUUGGUCAAAACCAUCAAGGCAUUAGAUGGAGAUUUCUCUGAGGAGAACAGGAACAGGUGUCGAGUCGCCACAGCUCCGCUGAUCGAGGCUGUGGAAAACCUGACAACAUUUGCUUCAAACCCAGAGUUUGCCAGUGUCCCUGCUCAAAUCAGCCACGAGGGCUCUGCGGCACAGGAGCCCAUCCUGCACUCAGCGCGCUCCAUGCUCGACAGCUCCACCCACCUGCUCAAGACUGCACGCUCAUUGGUCAUUAACCCCAAAGACCCGCCCACCUGGUCUGUCCUGGCUGGUCACUCCCGCACCGUAUCCGACUCCAUCAAGAGCCUCAUCACAGCCAUCCGGGACAAAGCCCCAGGCCAGCGGGAGUGCGACUCGUCAAUUGAUAACAUCAACAAAUGUAUCCGGGAUAUUGAGCAGGCCUCUCUGGCAGCAGUCAGCCAGAACCUAGCCAGCAGGGACGACAUCUCGCUGGAGGCGCUACAAGAGCAGCUGACGUCCACCGUGCAGGAAAUUGGCCACUUAAUUGACCCUGUUUCCACUGCUGCAAGAGGCGAAGCUUCCCAACUAGGACACAAGGUGACCCAGCUGGCUGGCUACUUUGAGCCGCUGAUCGUGGCUUCUGUUGGCGUGGCGUCCAAGCUGAAGGACCACCAGCAGCAGAUGACUUUCCUGGACCAAACAAAAACCAUGGCUGAGUCCGCGCUGCAGAUGCUGUAUGCUGCCAAGGAGGGUGGAGGAAACCCAAAGGCGUCCCAUACACACGAUGCCAUAGCAGAGGCAGCCCAGCUCAUGAAGGAGGCGGUUGAUGACAUCAUGGUGACGCUGAAUGAGGCUGCAAGUGAAGUGGGAAUGGUUGGAGGGAUGGUGGAGUCCAUUGCGGACGCCAUGGCGAAGCUGGAUGAAGGUACGCCGCCUGAACCUGACGGCUCAUUUGUGGAUUACCAGACGAGCAUGGUGAAAUACUCUAAGGCCAUUGCUGUCACUGCUCAGGAAAUGAUGACCAAGUCAGUGACAUGUCCGGACGAGCUGGGAGGUCUGGCCUCUCAGGUGACGGUGGACUACAGCCAGCUGGCCGUUCAGGGACGAUUGGCUGCACACACAGCUGAGCCAGAAGAGAUCGGUUUCCAGAUCAAGUCUCGAGUGCAGGAGCUCGGACACGGCUGCAUCUUCCUCGUCCAGAAGGCUGGAGCGCUGCAGGUCACACCCUCCGACGGCUUCACCAAACGAGAGCUGAUCGAAUGUGCCCGGGCCGUGACAGAGAAGGUGUCCUUGGUCCUUUCGGCCCUCCAGGCAGGAAACAAAGGCACUCAGGCCUGCAUCACAGCAGCCAGCGCAGUGUCAGGCAUCAUCGCCGAUCUGGACACCACCAUCAUGUUCGCCUCCGCCGGCACGCUCAACGCAGAGAAUGACGAGUCGUUUGCCGACCACAGGGAAAACAUAUUGAAGACAGCCAAAGCUCUGGUCGAGGACACAAAGAUGCUGGUGUCUGGAGCAGCCUCUGGUCAGGACAAGUUGUCUCAAGCAGCCCAGUCUUCUGCCAAAACCAUUACCCAGCUCACAGAUGUGGUCAAACUGGGGGCUGCCAGCAUCGGCUCUGAUGACCCCGAGACACAGGUGGUUCUGAUAAAUGCUGUCAAAGAUGUGGCCAAGGCGCUGGCUGAGCUCAUUAGUGCCACCAAGUGCGCCGCUGGCAAGGCAGCAGAUGAUCCAUCUAUGUACCAGCUGAAGAGCGCUGCCAAGGUCAUGGUGACCAACGUGACAUCGCUGCUGAAGACGGUCAAGGCUGUGGAGGACGAGGCCACUCGGGGCACCAGGGCACUGGAGGCCACAAUCGAGUGCAUCAAACAAGAACUAGCGGUGUUUCAAUCCAGGGACGCUCCCAACAAGACGACAACACCUGAGGAGUUCAUCCGCAUGACUAAGGGCAUCACCAUGGCAACUGCUAAGGCAGUGGCUGCCGGCAACUCUGCGCGGCAGGAAGACAUCAUCCACACAGCCAACCUCAGCCGCAAGGCUAUUUCAGACAUGCUCAGCACCUGCAAGCAAGCAGCCUACCAUCCAGAGGUCAGCGAGGAAGUGAAGAACAGAGCGCUGAUGUUUGGAUCAGAGUGUACGACUGGAUACAUCGACCUGCUGGAACAAGUAUUAUUUGUGCUGCAGAGGCCCAGCGGAGAGCAGAAGCAGCAGCUGGCAGCUUGCUCCAAACGAGUGGCAGGGGCCGUCACAGAGCUCAUCCAGACUGCCGAGGCCAUGAAAGAUGGAGGUUCAGAGUGGGUAGACCCCGAGGAUCCGACCGUGAUCGCAGAAACGGAGCUACUCGGAGCAGCAGCGUCCAUCGAAGCAGCAGCUAAGAAGCUAGAACAGCUCAAACCCAGAGCCAAGCCCAAGCAAGCAGACGAGACGCUGAACUUCGAGGAGCAGAUCCUGGAAGCAGCCAAGUCCAUCGCUGCGGCCACCAGCGCUUUGGUCAAAUCCGCCUCUGCCGCCCAGAGAGAGCUGGUGGCUCAGGGCAAAGUGGGCCUCAUCCCUGCCAAUGCUGUGGAUGAUGGACAGUGGUCCCAGGGGCUCAUCUCUGCUGCGCGUAUGGUGGCAGCGGCGACCAGCAACUUGUGUGAAGCCGCUAACGCCUCAGUGCAAGGACAUGCAAGUGAGGAGAAGCUCAUCUCUUCAGCCAAACAGGUGGCUGCAUCCACCGCCCAGCUGCUGGUGGCCUGCAAGGUGAAGGCUGACCAGGACUCUGAGGCUAUGAGGAGACUACAGAUUGCUGGGAAUGCAGUAAAGAAGGCCUCAGACAACUUGGUGCGGGCAGCUCAAAAGGCAGCAUUUGACAAAGCAGAUGACCACAACGUGGUGGUCAAGACGAAGUUUGUGGGUGGUAUAGCACAGAUCAUUGCAGCCCAGGAGGAGAUGCUGAGAAAGGAGAGGGAGCUGGAAGAAGCCAGGAAGAAACUGGCUCAGAUCAGACAGCAGCAGUACAAGUUCCUGCCCAGCGAGCUACGAGAGGACAGCAACUAAUCGUUCAAACAGGCCGCCACCGCCGCUGCUGCUGCAAGCACGCUUUGAAGCAAUGUGAAGAGCACAUCUGUUUGUGUGUGUGAGAAUUUGUUUUCUUUUUUGUAACGGCACACUUGAACAGGUGGGCAGCCUAUGGCGAACUUAAGAUACGUUGCGACUGAUUUAACAAAACCAGUAAUGCCGAGUCUGCAGUGAGCACAAUGACUGAGUCCACAUGGAACGAUCAACGACUCGACCACUCGCAAGUUAUAAAUACUACUGUGUGGAACUGACUACUUUCUGAAAACAACAUAAAGAUUGUGGUGAUUCCGAUGAAGAACUGCUUUUUUUGUCCUCGUGUAUAGCAAAACUACUCUGACCGAUGUAAUCUGAACCAGAAUGUGACGUGCUCGGGACAAACCGCACAGCUCGUAUGCUCUCAUGUUUGCCCAUAAGCUACAGUUUCUCUUUUUUGUUGUUGUUUGUUUGUUUCACAAAUUGCAGCUCUAAUUCACACACUUUUAAAGAUGAAGAAUUGAUUGUAUUGCCGUUCAUGUGAUACACAAAAAGAUUUCAGCUUGGUACUCUUGAUAUUUAUACAAAUGUCAGCUCCAAUCUGGCACCUUAAUAUCUGUUUUAAAUCACGUGGCGUGUCAGUGGUCAUUAACCCUUAUAUGAAGGAGGAUAGGUGUUUCUUGGACCACGAUGUACAUCUCAGUAAAGGACAGUUGAUUUUGGAGGAAUGUUCCUGUAAAGCAAACGCCUAAUGCAAGUGUCUCGUCAUUUAAAAAAAAAAAUGCUGAUGUUUCUGGGCUCUCCAUGUUUGUCGAGGCCCCUGAUAUAGGUGUCAUCGCUAAGACUUAACUAGAAUGUUUUGCUUUAUGUCGCCCGUGAAUGCUUUUCUACACACGCCGACAAAUUACCGUAGAAGGAAUAUUUAUUGCACGCGAGUAUUUUUAGCAGAGAGGGCCCAGAGGUAGUUUUUACCACCACUAGUCGAGCCAGUGCCGGCUUCCAAUCACACAUCUUCUUUUAUUCAUUCUCAUUUCAGGUAUUAGGACCCUUACCUACAGUAUGAACACAAUUUGAUCAUGAUGCAAUAACCUGGAUGGUGCUUAAGGGGGCAGCAUUGGUUUCCCUUCCCCGCCAUGCAAACAAGUAAUAAGAGGAGACUGUGUUAGGUUUUGUAGUUUUUGUGGGAAUCAGGCAAUUUGAUUGGCCGCAAAUAUCAUGCAAAUUAAGACUACCUGUAAAUACCUCACAUUUUUUACGACUCCCUGCUGAUUUGCUUUGGUCUUUCCGCUCUUAGCGUGACUACAGUUGUUGUUUUUCUUCCCAGAAAUACUCGGUCACUGCCAGGGAUUCGGUUUCACCUCCAAUUCUGUAAAUCCAGGAAAACUGCAAAAUCUGAAAACAACUUAGCAAUAAGCUAAUUCUAACCGAUACAAGGAUGGAUGUUUUUAGAUAAGUGCAUUUAAAGUGAAGCGAAUGCAACACUAAUGUCCAUUUCUUUUUUUUUUUUUUUUGGGCUCAUCCGUCUAUCAAUUUAAAGGUGCUCUGUGCGACUUUACUGACUACUCGCUGCAACAGAGGGAACCUUUUGUUUACCGAGUUUGAUUGUAGUGUGUUUGGUUCCCUUGUCUUACUAUACAGGGCUGUGUUUCGAUAUUAAAACUACAGUAUAAUGUAAGAUUAGGUCCUGCUGUGAAAAAAAAAUGCAUGUCUUUGUGCUUCAGAUGCAUCUCCUUGUUUAUACAGCGACAGAGCGAUACUUUUUAAGGAUGCACUGAGUGAUUCUGACCUCCACGCAUGGACAGUAGAGCAAACAGCUGAAGACAGACCAUCACUUUUUAGUUUUUUUCAGCAGGUUGGGGUGUGAAUUCAGAGGUGAUUUUCUGGCAUUGUGUUUUGUGUGUGAGCGUGGGGAGGGCAUGUGGGAUGGUCCGCUGCUCAUCAGUCAAGUCUGUAGUGUUAUUAUUAGUGCCUUAGUCCGUAGCCCAUACAGUGUCUGGUCUGCUUGAGUGACAGCUUCACCUCAUCGGUCGAUGGAAGGUAAUGGACAAGACAAAAUGUUUCGGGAAUGUAGGUUCACGUCAGUGGGGGUUUUUUGUUUGUUUGUUUGUUUUUUUUUUUUCUAACAUUUGUUGUCCCACUUGUUAAAUGUUCCUCUUAAGUGCUGAACCAACUGCAUCCCCCUCUUUUUCUCUUUAACUCUCUCUGCCACAUGGAAAGCCUUCUGGGGAUGACAGAGGAACCUGUCUGCCACUCAGAAAAAAUGUGUUGCUGUUUAAAAUGUACCAUCAGUAUAUAAAUAUAUAUAAGUAUGUAUAUUAUAUAUAUGAACACAUUUUUUGUACCGCAUUCCAUGGGCAUGUGCCACAGUGCUUCUAAACUACGACAGACCGGAGGUUUGGGUCUGUCAUCUACUUUAUUGUAUGUUAUGAAGCCACUGAUAUUUUAUGGAUGGACUCUUCUUUUCUUUUCCUUUUUUUUCUUGUGCUUUUAAGCCUCUACGAAAGAUAAAUGUGAUAAGAACAUUUCGAUAUAUCUGUCACCAUUAAGAUGUCGUGAAGCAUUUCAAUGACGUGGAGUGAAUUGAAGUGUUGGGUAUGUUUGUUUUUUUUCUCCCCCUCCCUCCCAGAAUUAACAGAAUUAAAAUUAUGAAGUUACGACAAUAAAGAUAAGUGAUAACAUACGAUAUAAAAAGAUAUUUAUCCGGCCUCAAUAAAACUAUUUUUUGUAUUCACUGAAAAUAAAAGCAUUUCAAUGUAA